GCACGGUGCGGUGUCCCGAAUGCACGUUGAACCGUCGGUUUCCCGCGUGUCGUUGCCACGUGAUUACGCUCCGAUCGCCACGCAGGCCGCGUUCGUUCACCGGUAUCAAACGAAAGCAGCCGAUCGACUCCGAAAUACCUGGACACGUCUCCCGAGCGACAGGUGUACGUGCGAGACAGUGGGAUUACGGCAACGGGACGUAUCUUGAGAGAAUCACGUGUGUACGCGAUACGAGUAUACGAGACAAUUUUGCUGGAGAGCCAGAGUGCGUGGAGGAUUUAAAAAUCGCGGAUCCAAGAUCAAUCUGUCGAGUAUCGCGACACGGACCGUGGCAACGAUCGAGGGAUUGAUUUAGCAGCGCGCUAAUCGAAUGGCAGAUGAAUGGGAGUGGCCGGCAUUCCAGUGGAGCGUAAAGAUCAGCGAUUUUGCCAUGAAUUAAGACCGAUUCGGAAAAUGGACGUCACCAAGGGUACCGCGGAGGAUUUCGUGACGGUGGUCAGCGUCGGUAGUCAGCCGACGUCAGAGAACUUUGUAACUGUUUUGUCCAUCGGUAACGGGAAGAAAGACGAUGAGGAAUCGUCGACAGCGAGCAAGAACCCGGCGAAUGGGAUGGAUGGGCAUCUCGAGGAGGAAGUCGAGGUUUUCAGACUGCCUGGAGAACGUUUGGGCUUCGGACUCAAAUUUGAGGGUGGCAACAAGACUUGCGAAAGGGUGAGAAGAUUGUUCGUGCAGAGCUGCGCGGAGCAGAGUCCCGCCAGCAGAGCGAAAUGUUCGUGGGGCACUCUGGGCGAAGGCGACGAGGUACUUUCGAUCGACGGUAUACCAGUGACACACAUGACUCGGUUGGAUUGCGUGAGGCGGUUGAAGGAGUCGCAGCUGAUCAUCAGGCUGAUGGUAAGGUGUCGCGGCGCACUCAGACCGGAAGUGGUGAGCGCCGAGAGGAAAAUCGAACGGAGCAAAGUGCCGCCAGAAUUACCUGCGGCGCCUCCUCCGGUACCACCGAGAAAACUGAGACAACCACGGGGUCCAGCAGAUGGAGAAGCGAAUCCCAGUCCUGUGAAGAAAUCCUGGGACAGCCCGAAAUCGCAGAAUGGCUCGCCGGCCUCACAAGUCGGAUUACAGUGUGUGGCCAAAGUAAGUUCGUUUGAAAGUUGCGAAUCCUUGCCGAGAAGCGUCAACGGAUCGAGCCAAGACAGCCCGAAAGGAUCGCCGAAGGGUCACUCGCCUGAGCUGAUGAAAUCGAAGCAGGAACCGCCGGAAGCGAUGGUUUAUCUGGACGCACGAUCGCAAUGCGGCUCCACACACGGCAGCACAUCCGACGACACCGGCAGCUCCAUGUCCACCGUGGUCGACAGAUUCUCCACGUCCGAUCGCGUGUCGACCAUCUCCACAGCAUCCACGGCGUCCACAGCCGGCUCCGAGCAACAGAUGAGCGAAUUCUCGAGUGACCGAGACCUGGACCGAUCAUCCGAUAGAGAUGUGCUGCUGUCGCGAGCGAUCUGUCCGCUCGAGCAUCUCGAGAGGGACUUUUCGAAUCCGCCCGAUUAUCUGCUCCGUCGUCUCGCCAAUUCCGAGGCGGUGACGCACGUGGAGUCGCGAGGAGAAGUCGAGCGUAUCACGGCGGUCGUCGCGCCGAACACGGUACUGAUCGAGGAGACCAUUACCCUGCAGCCACCGCUCAGCUUCCAAGACGCCCCGUUGAGUUACGGACACGAGGCCAGGCCGGAUCUUUUCUACACGGCUGAUUUGGCCGCCGAUUCAACGACGCAUUUCAGGCCAAUUAAGGACGACGUGGAGCUCGUGGAGCGCGUCAACGGCAACCACGAGGAAUUCCACGAGGCGACUCGCGUUUCCGGCACGGAGAGAAGCAUCGCCGACAGGUCGUCACCGCCGCCGUUGCCGGCUAGAAAUCACGUUAAUAGGAUUUCCGUGAAUCAGACGCAGAUAAACGAAUGUGGAAACGAAACGCAGCUGCGAACCUCUACAGCGGUGCCCGAGAGAGAAUUUCCGGAAGCGCCUCUAUUGCCGCCAAAGCCAUUGCCGAGAAAAGACGUUAAAGCUAGACGGAAAAGACCGCCCCCGCCGCCACCACCUCCGAUUAUAACACCACGAAAAGAAAUUAAGCCUGCACCGUCAAUCGAAUCGAAUCAUAUUGAGAAAGAAAACCGAGAUACUUCGCAGAUUGAAAGCGCAGAGAAUGUUCAACCAGAGUCACGCAACUCGUUACCGAACAAAAGCAACGUUCCCACCGGAGAGAAUCGAGGAUCCGGAGAUUCAAACACACGUGAGAGUUUUGAUGCGGAACCUGCGACGAAGCACACUUGCGUUAAUAACGAAACAGAUGCUGCGAGCUCGACAGGAAACACGCAGACGAACAAAGUUUUUGAGAUUAUUGAGAUUAGGAUGGCCAAAAGUGCGCAAGCUAAUCAGAAGGAGCAGAAUACGAGUGAAUCCGAGAAGACAUCAGAGACGGAAAACUGUGAACAAAAUGAAACUAAGGAUGAAAUAGCUAAUAGGAACAAACAGAAUCACUUGCAGCCUUCAAAUGAUUCGAGUAAAAUUUCGACGGAUCAAAAUUCGAACUUGGAAUCAAUCGAUAAACGCGUGGAUGAGUUAAGCGACAAAGAAGAAAAAUAUAUUAACUCGGAAACUCCUCAAUGUGAAAAAAUUAGAACAAACGAUCGGAAUACUAUCAAGAAAGCGUUUUCGUCAAACGCUGAAAAUUUAUCGAUCGACAAUUCUGUACGAGAGAUCGAGAACGACGAAACUUAUCGAUCACUGGACGAGGUAAACGACGAUAUGAAAAGUCCGGAGAUGAAUCGAAUGUUAGAGGAUGAGGAAAUUGUGGAGGAAGAGGACACGACGGACGAGAGCGACGAUGGUUAUUAUUGGCAGAGCAAUCUCGCCACCAUCGGUGAAGAGGAGGAGACUACUUCCUUGGAAUAUGUAAAUGCUAACGCAGACAUAGACGAUUCUAACAAGCUACCAGUGAAGCCGGAAGAAUCGCCGCCCGCAAUCAAGAAAGAUGCGUUCGUUAAAAACGCGCGAGAUGACGAAGCGGACCGUGUGAGCAAGAUUACGGAAUACACGGAGGAGGAGAACAAGAAUCCGAACAAAGAUACGGUAAAUGGUAGGAUGGAGAAUUGCGGAGGCGGUCAGCGCCUGCCCCCGGACGGGGACGAAUUUCCAGCUGCGUACCAAGAAUUUAGCAACAGCAGCAACCAGCCACCGUACAGAUACAUCGCCGCGACGAGGACAGCAACGAUAACCGCGAAUGGCGGCGGAUUGUGCAACGAAAACGAACCGUUCCGUGCUAGCGAGACUUUUAAAAUGCUCACGAACGACAGCAACGUUGUCGGUUCGAGGAGCAUCAUUCUAUCUGAUGGUAAGAUGACGUUGACGAGUCCUGAAAGGCAGGAUAUCAACAAAGUCGCUUUAACAAAUAUGGAGAACGUCCGAUUGGAGAUUGGCAAGGCUGCUCCGGCUAGUAUGGAUAAUGUAUGCCAGGACGUGAAAUCUUCCGAGCUUACUAAUGAAGAAAGAAAAUUGUCUUAUCAGACUUUGGAAGAUGUCGCGAAGAAUAACGCUCCCAUCAGCGCGGGAAGCUCGCUUUAUCCUUGUCAGAUGACUAACAGCAAUUUAAUGAUGAGCGAGAAAAAAAUGGAAAUUGCCGGAUAUUAUCACAAGGACGUGACGACGAUCGACCAAGUGCCAAGCCACGUGGAAAAGGACACGCCUGUUGAUACACCACCACCUCUACCACUAACAGGUCCGCCCAAGAUGGAGCAAUCAGUUUUGCACGCUAGAAAUGUUCCCGCGACAGAAUCGCCGCAGAGAAAGUUCUCUCUGAAUGGCGAUCUUUGGAGGCAAGAUGACAAGUCGGAGCGAUCUGUCCGAGACAAAAUCGCUAUGUUCUCGUCUCAGAGUAAUCUCGAUGCGCCCUUAUUUCCCAAUUCUGUAACAGCCGCGGCGGUCACGACGAGCAAUGGCAAACGUCUGUCCAAGUACAAAUCCUCCGAAGAUGUUUGCUGCGACGAUAAGAAUAACGGACCGCGGGAUCGGCCAUCCUUUUUCACCGAUAGAACACAGAGCUCUUUCGAUCUUACGGAUUCGGCCAGAGCUACGAAUACGACAGGACACGAUUCUACAAGAAAAUAUAACCAGAGAACGCCAAGCUUGCCUCAAACUGUUCAGCCCGCUUUUUCAAGUCCGACUACACCGACGACGCGUGUUCCGAAAACGCUACCAAUCGUUCCGCCGAAAAUUACGCCGCUAUCCAGUCCGUUGACAUCUGUGUACGACAAGCAAACCUUUUCAAACACGAAGACCUAUUGCGCAAACACCAAUGAAAGCGGUAAUUCGCAGAGCGCCGCGUAUCCAAAUAUCGGUAAAGCCACGAGUGCUUGUAGCAAUAACAACAGUCCCAUCAAGACAACGAGCACGCCUUCAUUGACACGCGCUACCAGUUUCUCGGGUUCCAUGCCUUUCGUGCAGGAUCGAAGUUCAUUGGCCGAUUCCGUCAGUAAUUCGCAGAUUUCGAGAACGAAUUCCUUGGCGUCGACGUUUAGACGUCCCGGGGAGGACGUGAGAAGAAGCAGCUUGAAUCAACUGAUCGAGCAGAGGCGGAAAUCGAUGUCGAAAUUACGUGGCCUCGUUAUUCCGGAGAAAGACACAGUUUCGAUCGAACAGCCUAUCGUUGAUCUACCGGAAAUCAAAUCGCGGGAUUCGAUAUUGUUGCAUCAGAUACCAAAGGCAAACAUUCAGGACAAAUGGGGAUCUCAAAGUUCCUUGGCCAGCAAUGCCAGCUCGGCGAGCCAGCCCUUGAAAGCGACAACCUCCUUCAAGAUGCCAGCACCACAGAUACACUCGAAAUAUUCCCCAGCUUUCAAAAGAAAAUCUCUCGCGGUUUAUAAUACGUCCGUGACGACGAAUUCCUCGAUAAACGGUAGCUCUAUCAGGAAUUCGCAAUCAACCGCAACGUCCACAAUCUCGGAGCCGCCAAAAAGCUUGGAAAGUAUCUGCAGUCCGACGAGAAGCGAUUACAGCUUUGAAUUUGCGUCGACGACCAGCUCACCGGAUGGCUCGCGUACCAGGCCGAAAAUGAUGCAGAGAAAGGCUCGUUUGGAUUAUGAUGACUCCGACAACGAUUCAGCGGUGAGCAGUUCUCAGAGUAGCAUAUCACGCGGCUUCAGUCCCCCGAUGUCGCCGGUACCAUCAGAAAGGUCCACAAUCUCCUCGGAGAGAUCUUACGUUUCCACAGAAUUAAACUAUCAUCGUCGACCCUUGAUCGCGGAGAGUUUGGCCAGAACUUCAAUCACGCGGGACGUCAGAGAUACAAUUAGUGAAUCCGACAAAGAUCAACUCAGCUCUCGAAUGGGAAGUCUCGGAGAACGUACAUACCUGACUGAGAGAUCGCCGUCUAGUAGCAGCGGUUCGAAUCCGCGUUCACCGCAACCAAACGAGUUCGUCUCGAGGAGCUCACAGAUACCUCAGAGACAACUGAGACGAUCGAAUAGUACCGACACUAAUUGCAGCGCGUCCUCGACGUUGACUUCGGGAUCUCAGGCCAGCGCCGAAUCCCUGUCGCGAAGAGUACUAAAGCCGCAAAGCGUCGAGGCGAUAAACCGGAAGAAUAUUCUGGCGAGCGCUAGAUGCCGAAGCGGAAGAGAUCUGAACGGAUCACCGUUAAUCCAGCGAAAAUUUUCCGACGACGAAGACGCCGCGAGAGCUAUCGAAAAUGACAGUGCUGUUCAUCAGAUGGCCAAUAAUUCGGGGAGUAAUACCGCGAGCAAACAGGAGAUUAAAAUAGCUUACAUAGAAGUCGCCGAUUCCUUCGCGACGAACGAAGGUUUUCAGAAGAAGGGAGAAGAGCCUAAGCUGCCACCUAAAAGAAGCGUACCACCACCGGUUGUUAGACCACCCAAAUCCGAGAUGUUAGAACCAUCGAACGAUCUCAAAAUGUGGGUUCGAGCAGAGGCAAAGUCUUUGGUGCGAUCCGUGGGAGAAAAAUCGAAUAACAAGAAUCCAUCGGCUCAAAAUUUGGAAAAAUCAUCCAUGAUUCACACAACGAGAAAUAAUCGUGGUUCCAUGUUCGAUGAAUCUCUUAACAACGGUGACUUAUCCUCAAAGAGCAAAAGUACAAUGGGAGAAACGAGGAAUGUCGCGAUCGAAACAUCAAAACCGCAAAGCAGAGCAGGUUUAACUCCCGGAAAGGGCACGGAGGAUCAAAACGAUCUCUUGACAAUUUUGACCACCAAGAGCAGAUCCAGAUCGGCUAUACAUGUCGACGAAGGAACUUUUGGCAGAUCGAAGAGUCAGAUGAGUCUUGAAGACAUACUGGGCGCGAAGGCGGACUCGAAAUUGCUCCGUGCGCCAAGCACAGAGCCGAAAAUUGAAAAGAACGGCACGAUACCGUCAAGUUCACCAGUGAAAUCUACAUGGGACUCGAAAGAAAAUCGAUUAGGUAGAAGGAGCUCCACUACUUCGAACGAAUCCUGGUCGGAGGACCGACCUUUCGUCUCGAAAAUACCCACUCUGGGAAAAGCCAAAGUACUCGACAGCGGCGACGAAACGUCGGAAAGCGUCGAGAGGGCGAAGAGCUCGACGUCGAAAAUUCCGACAUCUCGUGGCUUGAAUCGACGUAGCGCCAGUGUAACGGAUAUGAAGAAAGCCCUGGAGAAGAUGGAUGCGAGUCCCGUGCACAGCCAGUUACAGCAGAAUGUUGGCGGCGCUCAUAAUCGAUUUCCGAGUCUGGACAGCAGCGUGGACGGAACGGAAACGGACACCGACCGAUGUUACGGCGAGCAAUUCGGCAGCAUCAGCUCGUUGGCCAGCAGCACCAGCUUGAUCUCGCAGCAAGAACUGGCGCAACUCGUGGAGGAAGCGAGUUUGGAGGAGGCACGUGGUGCACACGACGUUAUAGUCGUUCUACUUCACAAGGAAAAUCCGACUGGCAGUGUCGGCAUCACUUUGGCCGGUGGUGCGGACUGCGAAGUGAAGGAGAUCACGGUUCACCGGGUGCUGACGCACUCGAUCGCCGACAAAGACGGCCGGAUACAGAGAGCAGAUAGGAUUCUCAGUAUAAACGGCCGGAGUACGCGGGGUCUCACGCACAGAGAGAGCAUGGCAGUACUGAAGCAACCGAGGUCAGAGGUCGUGCUGGUAGUGUCGAGGGCCAGAAUGGAAGAAGGCUGCAAACUGAGGUCGCGAACCGCGAGCGUCGAAACCAUCGUUGAAGGGUUAGAGACGAAUGGAACCGUGGAGGAUACAGCGUGGGGACCACCGUCGACCGUGGCAGUCUACAAAGACGGAGCUGGUUUGGGAUUUAGUCUAGAAGGCGGCAGAGACAGUCCACUCGGGGACAGACCUCUAAUUAUCAAGAAGAUAUUCACCGGAGGUGCUGCCGAGAAGACUGGUGCGUUGAAAGCCGGGGACCAGUUGCUCGAAGUGAACGGUAACGAUGUGACGCGAAUGUCAAGAAUAGAAGCAUGGUCUUUGAUGAAGAAGCUACACGACGGUGAAGUGAAUCUCCUAGUCAGGCAUCCUGCCAUCAAGUCCUCGUGAGGAACAGGAAAUCGUCCGAUGGUAUACAGAAUGCAGGAUGUACGAUGUCUACGAUGUAGACAGACUGCAGGAAUGUGCCAAGCAAGCGACUGUUUGUUACUCUUUCGAUCGAUAUUCGUUAAGUAGGUAUAAUGGUUAAUGAAGUGUGUAAAUUUCUUGUUUGACAAAUUUUUGAUUCGAUUUGUAUCACGCGAAAUGCUGUUCUAUUCAAUUUGUGAAUUUGAAUAAGACAUAAAUCUACGCGCGUGCAAUUAUUAAAAUAUCGAUAAUUACAAUUUGUAACUAAAAAAUCAAAAAUUGCUAUCGCCGAUUUGUAAAAAGAUGUUCUACGAUAUUUAUGAAGCGCCUAUGAUCGAAUUAUAACUAUUAUAGUGUAUGUUCGUUGCUUUAGUCACCUAGACGAAUUAUUAAUUAACAAUUAUUAAUUAACAAGAAAACAAGAUAGUGCAAAUUCAAAAAUUUGCUAACUUAUUUUUUGCCUUUCGAUCAGGCGUCUUACAAGUAUUGCAUCUUUAGAGAAUAUAUACUUGUACGUAAAUAGCAAUAAAUAGCUGCUUUUUUAAUAUGUAAAUUUGCGAUAUAACGUAAUGAAUGUAUGGUAUCGAUGCAAUUGUAUAUUUUCAUAAAAUCAGAGCUCGUAAUGCAAGAACAAAAUUUAGUGGUUGAAAGUUUUCAAAUUCUCGAAUUGACAAUUCAAAGUGCAGUAGCACUCACAUAAUAUGCAGUAAUCAAGAUAAUUAGUAAUUUAUUACAUUGAUCAUUACGGAGAUUUGAUGAAAAAGCGGCGAUAGAGAGCGCCUCAAACACAUGCCAUACGCAAUAAAACGUAAUGUUAAUGGAGUGGAA